UGAGUCAACAGCGCGGGCGGCCGCAGGAGGCGGCGGCGCGGCGGCUCGGAGGCGCCGGGGCCUCUCGGGGCCGCGCGGGGCCCGGGUGGAGGAGGCGACGGCGGCGGCGCGGCGAGAGGAGGAGGCCGCAGAGGAGGAGGGCGGCGUCCAUGAGGCCGGCCCGUGCCUGGAGGAGGAGGCCAUGAACGGCGACCGGACCGAGAGCGACUGGCAGGGGCUGGUGAGCGAGUACCUGGUGUGUAAAAGAAAGCUGGAGAGUAAGAAGGAAGCCCUGCUGAUCCUUUCCAAGGAGCUGGACACAUGCCAGCAGGAAAGGGACCAGUACAAACUCAUGGCCAAUCAGCUUCGAGAGCGCCACCAGUCCCUAAAGAAGAAGUACCGUGAGCUGAUCGAUGGCGAUCCCUCACUUCCCCCUGAAAAGAGGAAACAGGCUAAUCUUGCACAACUAUUGAGAGAUUCUCAGGACCGAAAUAAACAUCUGGGAGAAGAAAUUAAAGAACUUCAGCAAAGGCUUGGAGAAGUCCAGGGCGACAAUAAGCUCUUGAGAAUGACAAUUGCCAAACAGAGGCUGGGAGACGAAGAAAUCGGCGUGCGGCACUUUGCAGCCCAUGAGCGUGAAGAUUUGGUUCAGCAGCUGGAGAGAGCAAAGGAACAGAUUGAGUCUCUGGAGCAUGACCUGCAGGCCUCUAUGGACGAGCUUCAGGAUGUUAAAGAAGAGCGGUCUUCCUACCAGGACAAAGUCGAGAGGCUCAACCAGGAGCUAAACCACAUCCUGAGCGGCCACGAGAACCGAAUCAUUGACGUGGAUGCCCUAUGUAUGGAGAACAGGUACCUUCAAGAGAGAUUAAAGCAACUUCAUGAAGAGGUCAACCUCUUGAAAUCUAACAUUGCCAAAUACAAGAAUGCUCUUGAGAGACGGAAAAACUCAAAAGGCCAGGGUAAAUCCAGCAGCAGUGCUCUGACUGGAGUCCUGUCUGCAAAGCAAGUUCAGGAUCUGUUAUCUGAGGACCACGGGUGCAGUCUCCCAGCUACUCCACAGUCCAUCUCUGAUCUGAAAUCUCUGGCAACAGCCCUGUUGGAGACAAUCCAUGAGAAAAACAUGGUGAUCCAGCACCAGAGGCAGACCAACAAAAUCCUAGGGAAUCGGGUGGCUGAACUGGAGAAAAAAUUAAGAACUCUGGAAGUUUCUGGUUUGUGGAGUCUUCCAGGCCUGAGCUACAAUGUUUCCGUAGGAUUUGGGAGAGGCAAAGACACCAUACUGUUUGGUGACCCCGCUCUUCCCACCACGCAGAGGUCGAGAUCCCCACUGCUCAAGUUCGUCGAGCAGCUCGCUGAGAACAAAGCGAGUCCCAAGGAUGGGGCGGCUCAGAAGCAAGAACGAGAUGAAAGUCGUGCCGCUGCCGAGGCGUUGACAGUGCGGGAGGACGCUGGGAAGCCCGCCGUUAGCUCCCCAGCAAAUCAGAGCCACAGGAGCCAACGCGAGCACUUUCAUCCCUCAUUACCCCAGCUACCUUCUGAGGAAGAAGAAGUAAACAGGCUUGGAAGGGAAAUCGUGAAACCGACAGAGGAGCAGGCAGCUGCCAAACCAGAAGGGGUCACAAGAGAGAGUCCCGUGGAGAGUCGGAGGGACGAGAUGGGGCCAUCCCCGCCGGGCCUGGCCGCCAGUGGGUCGUGCCCCAAACCUUGCCCGGACUCUACUGAGUCCAGCCAGCCUGCAGCAGAAGCUCCCACCCUGGAAGAUGGCAAGGAGGCCCCAGAGAGUGGAGGUGGGAGGAACACCAUGAAAACUUGAAGGGGAACGAGGUCAGGCAUGAUGACACAUUGAAGGCACCCGGGAUGGUAAAGAAUUACCAGGACAGCUCACCGAAGUCGCUUUCUCCUAAAACACCUCCGAGUCUGCAAGCGAAAAAGGACACACAGCUCCUGUUGCAAACUGUGAAUAUUCUGAUGAUGCCAGCGCAGUUCGAUUUAUUAAAUGCGGGUCCUCAA